GAAAGUAUGUCUUUAUUUAUAAAAUUUGCCCAAAAUAAUACAAGAAAUGUGAUAAUAAGACACAAAGAAGCACAGGUGCUCUUUGUUUCAUGUAGGAAACUGAGCAUUGUUCCUUCAGUGUAUGAUGGAGAACAAGACCCUGCUCCUAAAUUCUUCUCUUCACAAGUUCAAGUGUUGCUAAAACGCUUGACACGGCCAGAUUUUUCCAAAGUAUUUAGAAAACGGACAAGCAGCGGUCUGCAAAUACUAAAGACACCGACAUACAAAUUCUUAACAAAUGAGGAACUCGAAACAGAAAUCGCGAGGGCCAAGAGGAAAGCCAACCAUCUAUUACAGAUGCCUCCAGUUGUGAAGAUCCACAAACCAAUAAAUGAUGUUCUAUCCCAAGACCCUGCUCUGAUUGGCUAUGACACAUCUACUUAUUUGUUCACUGAUAUCUCAUUUGGUGUUGACAAUGCUCAUAGAAUUAUUGUACAGAGAGAUCUAGACGGUAUACUUCGCAAGUCUGACAAUGAUAUCAGGAAAAGACUGAAUCAGGUAUAUUUCCCAAUAAAAGGACGCAAAAUACGAGAGCCACUGAUGUUUUCGGAUGCAGAGAAAUUCAACAACCUAUUGGACAGAGAGCAAUAUGAAUUCGUUCUAGACAGAGCCUGUAUCCAAUAUGAACCCGAUGAGCCGAAGUACCAGGAAAUCACGAGCACAACAUACCAGCAUGUGGAUAUGAUGAAUAAAUACAAAUUACUAAGAUCCACGCGUCACUUUGGUCCGCUAACAUUUUAUCUAACCUGGCAUCAGAGCAUAGACAACCUGAUGCUUGAACUGCUGCAGAACAAUGCAAUCAGAGAGGUCGUACUCCUAAUAGCGUUGAAUCAUGAGAUUCAUGGUCAUGUCAAAGAUGGAGAACUAGCACAGGAGUUGGUGAAACAGAUUCUACAAACACCAAUACAACUAAAAAAACCUGAUAUUCUAGCUGAAGAAGACAUCCAACUAGACAACAAAUGCGUGGACAUUGUAGCCAAAUACAUAAUAAGUAAUUCGUCAAUGAAGAGUCAGCAAGAACUUGCUCUGCAAGGCUUCAGGGAAAGUUAUCAGGAACUAGUGGAUCUUAGCAGAGGCUUAAAGAAGGCACACGGAAACGCUUAGUGUUUUGUAGAAUUGUAAUAAACUGU